AUGCACCGUCGGCCGAAUUGCCCUGUUCUAUUCUACACAUCCAGUGCGUCAUAUGAUAUCGCACUGCUUGUGCUGAAUACUCUUGCUCUCCCUCUUUUCCUUCCUGGCCGGACUCCGUUGAGAUGCAUCGUAUUUAGGUUACCCCGGAAUCGGAGUGCAUUUAUUACUCACCUAUAUAUAACGCCGCUGAGUACUCCUUCAUCUCACGACACGACAAGUAUCCACACCAUGGCGACUCUUCAGAAAACGAUUUCCAAGACCGGAGCCGGGAUCUUCAUCCCCGGCGCCCAGGAGCUGACCUACAGCCAGUUCUUCGAUCUCAUUGGCGACUUCCAGAAACAGCUUGCCCAGGUCGGUCUUCCUCCCCAGAGUGCUGUUUCCAUUGCCAUCCCCAACUCUCUCGAGUUUGCCGUGACCUUCCUGGCAGUCACCUUCUCUCGAUACAUUGCUGCUCCUCUCAACUCGGCGUACAAAAAGUCCGAGUUUGAGUUCUACAUCGACGAUCUCAAGUCCAAGCUGGUGCUGGUACCCAAGGGAGCCGUGGCCCAGAACCUGGCCUCCGUUCAGGCUGCCCGAACUUUUAAUGCUGCCAUCGCUGAGGUCUACUGGGACGACCAGAAGAAGCGAAUUGUCAUGGACAUCAAGGAGGGCCCUACAAACCCUCCCGUUGCCGUCCCCACCCCCGACGAGGUCUCCCCCGAAGACGUGGCUCUCGUGCUGCACACCAGUGGAACCACCGGCCGACCUAAGGCCGUUCCCCUGACCCAGCGAAACCUGUGCCGAACCAUGCACAACAUUGUCGACACAUACAAGCUCACCAGUAAGGACACCACUUAUCUGGUCAUGCCUCUGUUCCACGUCCACGGUCUUCUGUGUGCCUUCCUGGCCCCUCUGGCCUCUGGUGGAGGAAUCGUAAUCCCUAGCAAGUUCUCUGCCUCGCAGUUCUGGGACGACUUUGUCAAGUACAAGUGCAACUGGUACACUGCCGUGCCCACCAUCCACCAGAUUCUGCUGAACACAAAGAUUCCCCAGCCUCUGCCCGAGAUCCGGUUCAUUCGAUCGUGCUCUUCGGCCCUGGCACCCGCCACCUUCCACCAGAUUGAAAAGGCAUUCAAGGCCCCCGUCCUGGAGGCUUACGCCAUGACUGAGGCUGCCCAUCAGAUGACUUCUAACAAUCUUCCUCCCGGACAGCGAAAGCCUGGAACCGUCGGAGUUGGCCAGGGUGUCGAAGUCGCCAUUCUGGACGACAACGGAGACGAAGUCCCUCAGGGAAAGAUUGCCGAGAUCUGUAUCCGAGGAGAAAACGUCACCAAGGGUUACAUCAACAACCCCGAGGCCAAUAAGUCGUCGUUCACCAAGAGCGGUUUCUUCCGAACCGGAGAUCAGGGCUUCCUGGACAAGGACGGCUUUGUCAACAUCACCGGCCGAAUCAAGGAGCUCAUCAACCGAGGAGGAGAGAAGAUCUCACCCAUUGAGCUUGACGGAGUCAUGCUGGAGCACCCUGCCGUGGCCGAGGCUGUGUGUUUCGGUGCACCCGAUGAGAUGUACGGACAGCAGGUGAAUGCCGCUAUCGUUCUCAAGAAGGACGCCAAGGCCACUGAGCAAGAUAUCAAGGACUUCAUGGCUGAUAAGGUCGCAAAGUUCAAGAUUCCUGCUCGAGUUUUCUUCACCGACAUUAUGCCCAAGACUGCCACUGGUAAGAUUCAGCGAAGAUUUGUCGCCCAGAAGUUCCUUGACAAGGCUAAGCUCUAA